AUGGCUGCCACCGCCGGGUAUAUUAACAUGCCUGCGUUGCGAUCGUCAAACCAAGACUAUGCUUAUGGCCCAGCACCAGACCCAGUCUGCAUGGAACAAACGACAAUAACACAAGCCGAGAUUGAGUCUGUGCCGACGCAACAAAUCUCAGAAUCCAAAUUAAAAGAGAAUACGCCUGUGGCCAAUUCGGUGCCCCCGGAGAUACUGUUGCAGAUAUACUCCUUAUUAUCGCCCAAAGAUUUCAACAGCGCCCGGCACACAUGCUCCCGAUGGAUGCGAGUCAGUUUAAAUGAAAGAUUACUUGAACGCAAGUUAAAAAGUGCCGGAUGGUGGAAUGCAUGGCUGCAAGACCACAGCAAGCCAUCUGCACCAGGUCGGGACGAAAGUGACGUUUGGAGAAUGAGUCGGCGCCUUGCCACCGAGUCUCUUUUUAGCGGCCGAAAAUCGAGGUCAAGACCCAAGAAUCUGGGCUUUGUGAAAACCGUCGUGAUCGACUUCUCAGGUCUUGUGGGCACAGAAAGAAAAUCCCGGGCUAUUGGGCCUCAGUCAAAAGAGAUCGAAAGCAACAAACCAGUGGCCUCGACUUUCAGCGCAAGCAGUUGCAGUAAUUACCUGCUGGUUACCACUGGAUGCACAAUUCAUGUCUAUCGCCUGCUAGGAAGAAGGAAAGACUCCAACGAUGCCAACCUGGUACCACUAUCAACAAUAACAUGUCCACACGACGUCCUUUCAACCGCCAUCGACACCAGCACACCCAAACCCACCAUAGCAGCCCUCCUAUCCAACCGGGUCGGCAUGCUCUGCAAACUAGACACAACCAAAACCAAAGCCACACCACACCACCUCUUCCACAACAUCUGCUCAGAAGAAGACCCCCCACAAACCGUAGCCCUAAGUCCAGGCCGACCCCUCGUUGCCUUCGGCUGCGCCUCCAACAUCGAAAUCCACACAAUGAACAACAAACGCAACGAAGUCAACAAACCAUUCACCCUCCCCCAACCCUCAGAAGUCCUCCACUUCCUGCCCAGCACAGCAGAAGCCCCAAAAGAGCUCCGCCUCAUCUCCUCCCUAGCAGGCCCAACCAAAUGCAAAUGCCCCCCAGUCCCAAGACCCCAAUUCCACUUCCUAGCAGACGUCCAAUCCUUCUCCCGUCGCAGAAUCUCACACACUCCCUCCAGAAACAUGGUCCGCGCAACACACUGCCACCACUACCACGCCGUCCCCAUAAACGACGGGCUGCACAUGGCCUUCGUCGAACCACAAUCCAACCUCCUCUGCAUAGGCUCCGACGCCCCAAUAGGCGGUCUAACAAGUCUCACUCGCUCAUUCAUCUGUAUACCACCAUUCAUCAGAUCCAAAUCAGACAAAGUCAGACCACCUGCUACAUUCGCCAUAGCCUCCGAUCUACGCUGGGGUCUGCGUCUAGUCGCUGUCUACGGGUCCAGACUGGUGCUAUAUUCCAUCCCAGGCGAUAUUUGGAACAUUGUUCGUCGGGACCGCGAAAAACAAGUUAAUGGCUUUAUGGGCGAUGAUAUUUCUCGGCACUUUUGCGCAGAGGCGGAUGCUUAUAUGGAGAGUUUGGACUCGUAUCAGCCUCCGCCUAUGGUUUGGCCAUUACAGGUGCGUGGCAGGGAGAUUGGGUCUGUUUCUGGUGUUGUGGAGUUGUCGUUGCAGUGUGGCGGUGGGGGUGUGAGGGUUUGGGCAUUUGGGAAGAGUGGGAUGGGGGAGGUGUUUGAUGUUGAUACUGGGGAUUUGAAGGAGAUGGCUUUUGGUGUUGAUGUCGGGGGUGUUAAGAUGAUUGAGAAGGAGAAUCCUGUUUCUGGUAGCAAGAAGAGGAAGUUUGAGGAAGAUGUUGCUUUUGUUGGGAGGUAUGGGGUUAGGCGGGUUGAGCGUUGUCGGACACAGGGACAUCAGCGGAAGUCAUCAUUUGCGGCUUGUGUGAUUGAUUUUAAGAUGCCUGAUUUGGAAUAA